GCGGCGCCUGCGCAGUCGCAGCCUGCAGUUCGCCCUUAGGACAGACGUCUGUUUUACCUUGACUCCCGCUGUCCGCUCGAGCCGGUCUGUGCUCAGUGUCUUGUGUACAUUCUUGCAAGCGACGGCGCCAUGAGUAUGACUUCCAGCGUACGAGUUGAAUGGAUUGCAGCGGUUACCAUUGCUGCUGGGACAGCUGCAGUUGGUUAUCUAGCUUACAAAAGAUUUUAUGUCAAAGAUCAUCGCAACAAAUCUAUGGUAAACCCUCACAUCCAGAAAGACAACCCCAAGGUAGUACAUGCUUUUGACAUGGAGGAUUUGGGAGAUAAAGCUGUGUACUGCCGUUGUUGGAGGUCCAAGAAGUUCCCACUCUGUGAUGGCUCUCACACAAAACACAAUGAAGAAACUGGAGACAACGUGGGACCUCUGAUCAUUAAGAAAAAAGACACUUAAAUGGACACUUUUGAUGCUGCAGACCAACUUGUCAUGUUUCCUGAUCAUUUAAUUAGAAUGAGUACCACUUGUGUCUAAUUCACCUCCCCUGGGUUCUAGAUGUGGUAUAUUGCAAACUACAGCUUUCGUAUUCGCGGCAUUUGCCUUACUUGUUGAACCAUUGUGGUGCACGUUUGUUGAAACAAAAAAAAAAGGAAAAAGGAAAAUCCAGUCUCAUGGACUGUGGGUUACUUUGGUCUUGUAAGGAUCCGUUUCUUUACAUUUAAAUAUGACAUUACAAUAUAGUUGUAUGGCGAAGUUAACGUAUUAAAUUAUUCUCAAAAUCA